CUAUAAAACAUCAAAGCCGCAUGGUCCAAGUGGACAAUUGAUCCGCUCCCAUUGUUUCCUACUCUUUUUAAAGUACUCACUUGUCACGGAUGACGUAGUCUGAAGUUUUUCAAGUCCCCAGAGAUGAAUGAGAAUAUUUAAGAGACAGCGCAUGUAGAACACAGCAGCGAGCGAGUGCGCAUGCAAGUUUGGUCUUACCUGAAGCUGGCAUUAACGGGUCAAUAACGAUAGAUAGAUGAUCUCGGAGACAGUAUUGGCUGCAGACGACAGCAAAACAUAACAGACGAUAUGUUCCUUGCUUACACCUCCUGUUCGCGCGUGUGCAGUGUUGAUUUAGAUUUUCUUUGAAGGGAUUACUCAGUGGACAAAUUAUCUUAGAAAAAGAUCUUAAAUGGAUACAUAUCUAACAAUUUUGGGAUACCAAGUGAUGCAGUAAUAAAGAUUGCAAGUUCAAACCGCUGAAAUCUCUUUGGAAAGAAUAUAGAUAUAUAUACACAUAUAUAGAUAUACCUUUAUAUAUCUAAAUCGUGGUACCCGAUGACGUCACAAUGAAACAAAAUGUUGCACACAAUGACGGAACAGAACAAGGAUGAGAAGGAAGAAAAAAGAAGAUUCAUUCCGCGAGUGGAAAUGAAAGGGUUAUUUCGCGGCAAAGGAAAUAAAGCAAUGGGGAAAUGUAUACCAAACUCGACGUAUGUUUUGCCAGAGUAUGAGGAAUCCGAGUUUAACUCCUCGUCUAAUCACACUUCCUGCACAGGAACAGAUUCCAAAUCUUACCAAGUGUCCAUGAAUGAAAAGAGCCCCAAUUUUGACGCUCCCGUAACUCGUGCCCAUAGCAAAAAUAGCGUGCAAGCCCAAGUUUACAAUUUCCUAGAAAGGCCGACAGGAUGGAAGUGUUUUAUCUAUCACUUUACUGUGUUCAUGAUGGUGUUGAUUUGCCUUAUAUUCAGUGUCUUAUCUACUAUAGAGGACUACGAUGAUUUUGCAAUGGAAACACUUUUCUGGAUGGAGAUUGUUUUGGUAGCUUUCUUUGGACUGGAGUACGCUAUACGGCUUUGGUCCUCUGGCUGUAGAAGUAAAUACAUGGGGAUAAGAGGGCGAAUCCGGUUUGCGAAAAAACCCAUCUCUAUCAUAGAUUUAUUUGUUGUAAUGGCUUCCAUGGUCGUUUUUACAAUUGGCUCAGAGGGGCAGAUUUUCGCCGCAUCAGCAAUAAGAGGAGUUAGAUUUCUGCAGAUUUUACGCAUGCUACAUGUAGACAGACAAGGGGGAACAUGGCGCCUUCUAGGAUCUGUUAUUUAUCUACACAGACAGGAGUUGAUCACGACUUUGUAUAUAGGGUUCCUUGGUCUCAUCUUCUCCUCGUAUUUUGUUUACCUCGCAGAAAGGAGUGACAAGAGGAAGGAUUUCAAUAGCUAUGCUGACGCCCUCUGGUGGGGAGUUAUAACUGUGAUGACGAUUGGAUACGGGGACAAAGUACCCCAAACAUGGGUGGGAAAAAUUGUAGCCUCUUGUUUUGCAGUCUUUGCCAUUUCCUUCUUUGCUUUGCCUGCAGGGAUACUUGGAUCUGGUUUUGCUCUAAAGGUUCAACAGAAGCAGCGACAGAAACACUUUAAUAGACAAAUCCCCGCAGCAGCAACUCUUAUACAGUGCGUAUGGCGCUGUUUUGCCGCGGAUCCGUCACAUCAUUCGGAAGCCACCUGGAAGAUCCAUAUCCACGACGCGUCCAAUGAGGAGAAUAUGCUGGCGCGCAUGGCUCGACGCGCAAGUUUGACUUUAAGAAAACGACGGUCCUCAAGGAUGGAUUCCUUAGGCAACCAUUACAGGGAGAGCAUGUCCUCUGUUUGCACUGAGGAUAAACUAGCCGGAACACCUCGAAACCCGCGGAGGGAUUACCAAAGGCAGUGUUCUGGUUCUAGUACGUAUCAUUCCAAUAGCAUUACUGGGGAUACCUACAUGGAUGACAAUGAUUAUGAUAAUGAAGAGGCAGAAAAAGUAGUCCAAUUAACAGACGCACACAAAACAGCCAUUAGGGUUAUUAGAAAAAUCAAAUACUUCGUAGCCAGGCGGAAAUUCCAGCAAGCACGUAAACCUUAUGACGUACGCGACGUGAUAGAGCAAUAUUCUCAAGGUCAUUUAAAUAUGAUGGUCCGAAUCAAAGAGUUACAACGAAGGUUAGACCAGACUCUCGGGAAACCCAGUACGUUAUAUUCCAGUGGAUACCAUAACAAAGAGCGGGAAAAACUCACCAUCAGCGCAAGGAUCGUUCGAUGUGAAAACCAGUUGAAUAAAAUGGACCAGAAAUUAGAUCAGGUUUUGUUCAUGAUAAAUUCCUUACUGAAGUCAAAGACUGUGAACGAAUAUGCCCAGGAAGAUGAAGUGUAAAGAAGAUCACGUGGGAGUAAAUUGACCUUGAACCUGAACCGUUUCGCUUUAUUGGAAUCUAUUUCAUCUACAAUUUGACAUGGGUUGUGAUUUUCUUUUUACAUUCAUUCAUAUUUUGCACAAUGGGUGAAUGUUUAUGUUGUAAUUUUUGCACAAAAACAGUCUAUCAAUCAAAGUGGUGAAAUAAACAUUGUGGAAUCUCAGGAAAUGUAUUACAUGUCUAAAAUAUUUCAAUGCAGGUAUUGUACAUGUAUCGUGGAGAUUGUGCCAGGUUGAAGUCUCGCUAAUAUAGACAAUUCAUAUACACUUGUAUACCAUAAGUUUCAUCGUUAUUAUUAAGUGGUUUUUUUGUUUGAUGUCUGUCUGUCAGUCUGCAGUUAACUCUGCCCUACACUGGUAAACAUAUUUGACUUCUUUCAGAAGAGGUAGAUAAAAGUUAUGAAUUUCUUGGUCUCUGUCCUCAUGGAAUAGGGGUGAAAACUCGAAAAUUGUAAUUGUAAUUCAUGAAUUUUGUACGUCUUAUCAAUAUGAAAUUACUGGCCCCUGGAUCAGGAUUUCAGGUUUCAAAGUGAUGCUAUAUUCUCGUUGAAAAAAACACUGAAAAUCUUGCCUGUUAGACAUAUAGUAGGGAAUCCGUGUGUUGGGUUAAAAUAAACGAUGAACCAAAAAUGUAAAACUAAAAAAACUCCGGUAAUAGAUCUAAAGCCCCAAGGGAGGAAAUUGUAUAACCAUGUAUUUUCAACCCCGCACAUCUAUUGGAGAUCCACGCUACAGAUAUACAUGGAUACAUAUUGAGCUGAAAUCCGUAACAAAAAGUUAAAGUUAGAUUUCCUGUUUUCUGGGUACAAGUAUAAGUCACCAUGCAGGAACUUGGGGUUAUAAUUGAUAGAAUUUAGACUGUAUGACAUACUCACACAUGUUCUCUAUUGUUAGCUGACAAACCUUUAUGACCUUAUACUUAUAAUGGCAUUCUAGUGAUUAGUGUUCCCGGUUCGCAGUCUGGAAGUCCUGUAUUCGAUUUGUGAUUCCAGUGUCGCAUCAAACUUAAGACAUUAAGAUAGGUAGUGAAUGUACCUUCGUCAAGCAAUCGGCAUUUGAAGUAAAAGUCGCGAGUCGUUUGGUUAUGAUUUAAAAUGGAGUUCCUGAGUCAUGGUAGGUGCUGAUACGAUACAAAUCCUCACAGCUACGACCUUGAACAAUGGUUGUGACGAUUCAUCACCAGCAGGUGCGAUCGCUGUAAAUGCGUGAAAGAUUUAAAAUACUAACUUCCAAAAUCAAAUAUCUACAGAGAAUUCGCAAGUCAAUAUGGCACGAAAUUUGUUUAGAAAGUGCAUUGGGUGUGGAAAAAGCAAUAUAGUUGAUAGAAGCGACAUUUAUCGCAAAGGCAGCAUACCAGGUAUGACUCCGAAACAGUUGUUCUUGCUAUACUUUUCUUACGGAGAAGCAUUUGGGACUCUUCUGAAAUUGUCCUAAACCCAAUACAGAAAUAGUAGAGAUUGAUAGGCUAAGAAUAAUAAUUUUAAAAAAGAAGAAUUAAAACCACAAAAACCAUCUUCAGACUGUCAAAUCGUAGACGUUUACUUGAAUAGGUCGAGGGCACAGUAAAACGGCACAUUCUUUAGUGUACAAGAUUCACAACUUUAUGAAGGUGAGCAAUGUGGCACAUUUCCUCUUUUUGAUUUUUUACACUAGUGUUAAUGGAUAGUGCUUGAUUACCAAUGUCUUCAAGGUGCACUAUGACUGACACUAUUCCAAAAUAUUUCGUAGACGACUAGUACCCCGAUAACCUGUGCACGUCAUACGAUGUUGGACACUAUGCAGAUAUACCGAUUAUCGUGGUGGUCUUUUGCCUUCACGCUGUGGGACAGGGGACCUUCACGCUCACUCCGUUCUUUUAUUUCUAAUUUUAGGUUCUACUGUUCUAGUUACAAUUUGCAUCCACCAUGCAUGUACAUGUUUCUUUCAGAAUGACCAAAUAAUAUCUGACCAUCGUGUAACACUGUGGUAACACUGUGUGGUUCAACGUCUGACGAAGAUUUGGAAGGGAUUAUAUUAGGCAUUUUAUCAAGAAAGUUUCAUAAGACAGCAAAUAUUUUCUGUAUGUUUUUGAAUGCGAGAGAUAUUUUUACCGGGAGCAAAUCCCAAUUGUGUUAUGUGUUAUCAAUUGUAAUUUUAAAGACUUUUAUAUUUCCAUGGUUACGUUGUCCACUGUUAAAUGCCGUAAUUAAACUGUACAACUUA